AUGGUCCCAGAACCGGGCCCUGCGCACAACAGCACCCCCGCCUGGGGGUCGGGGCUGGUGCCGGGCCCCGGGGGCAGCGGCUGGGUGGCGGCCGCGCUGUGUGUGGUCAUCGCCUUGACCGCAGCAGCCAACGCGCUGCUCAUCGCCCUCAUCUGCACGCAGCCCGCGCUGCGCAACACGUCCAACUUCUUCCUGGUGUCGCUCUUCACGUCCGACCUGAUGGUGGGGCUGGUGGUGAUGCCGCCGGCCAUGCUGAACGCGCUGUACGGGCGCUGGGUGCUGGCGCGAGGCCUCUGCCUGCUCUGGGCCGCCUUCGACGUGAUGUGCUGCAGCGCCUCCAUCCUCAACCUCUGCCUCAUCAGCCUGGACCGCUACCUGCUCAUCCUGUCGCCGCUGCGCUACAAGCUGCGCAUGACGCCCGCGCGCGCCUUGGCGCUGGUCCUGGGCGCCUGGACCCUGGCCGCGCUCGCCUCCUUCCUGCCGCUGCUGCUGGGCUGGCACGAGCUGGGCCGCGCGCGGGCGCCCGCUCCGGGCCAGUGCCGCCUGCUGGCCAGCCUGCCCUUCGUCCUCGUGGCGUCGGGCCUCACCUUCUUCCUGCCCUCGGGCGCCAUCUGCUUCACCUACUGCAGGAUCCUGCUGGCUGCCCGCAAGCAGGCCCUGCAGGUGGCCUCCCUCAGCACCGGCGUGGCCGGCCAGGCCUUGGAGACGGCACAGGUGCCCAGGACCCCACGCCCAGGGAUGGAGUCAGCUGACAGCAGGCGUCUGGCCACCAAGCACAGCAGGAAGGCCUUGAAGGCCAGCCUGACCCUGGGCAUCCUGCUGGGCAUGUUCUUUGUGACCUGGCUGCCCUUCUUUGUGGCCAACAUAGCCCAGGCUGUGUGCGACUGCGUCUCCCCAGGCCUCUUCGACGUCCUCACGUGGCUGGGCUACUGCAACAGCACCAUGAACCCCAUCAUCUACCCCCUCUUCAUGCGGGACUUCAAGCGGGCCCUGGGCAAGCUGCUGCCCUGUCCCCACUGGCCCCAGGAGCACCGGGCCAGCGUGGCCUCACCCUCCAUGCGCACCUCCCACAGCGGCGCCCGGCCGGGCCUGAGCCUGCAGCACGUGCUGCCCCUGCCCCUGCCCCCGGACUCCGACUCCGACCCUGACUCCGGCUCAGGAGGCUCCUCAGGCCUGCAGCUCACGGCCCAGCUGCUGCUGCCGGGAGAGGCCACCCGGGACACCCUGCCGCCUGCCAGGACUUCUGCCACCGUCAACUUCUUCAACAGGGAUCCCGUGGAGCCCCAGCUGCGGCUGCAUCUGCUUGGUGCCCCCACGAACUGAUGAGGCUUGUGGCUGGGGUG